GCCUGCGCUCCGAAUUCCGGGACAGCUGGCGCUGGAGGAGGGGCAGCUGGCACUGCAGGAGCCGGUGCCGGUGGCACUGGAGGAGCCGGUGCCGGUGGCACUGGAGGAGCCGGUGCCGGUGGCACUGGAGGAGCCGGUGCCGGUGGCACUGGAGGAGCCGGUGCCGGUGGCACUGGAGGAGCCGGUGCCGGUGGCACUGGGCGAAAACGUGAAGUCGAGCAUGCACAAGCUAUUGUCGGUACUAAAGCCAACUUCAAUUGA